AUGUUCUUCAAAGCUAUCUUAUUUCUGGUGGAGUACUCGAGCUACAAAGCCCUUAAUUUGGGCAAGCUACGUUACCUGGCAAUUGUGAUAGAAAGUGAAGAAGCUUACCAAACAUCAAAAGUAAUUGAGCUGCUGCAGUGGCUAGAAGCUAUUGGUGUGAAGCGUGUGUGCCUCUAUGAUACAGAAGGAGUGUUGAAGAAAUCAAAAGAAGCCAUCUUGAAUAAACUGAGAAAUGCAAGCGAAUUUAAGGCUUAUGAAGAUUUAGACGAUCAAAACCACAUGGCUCUGGAAAUUUUGUCAUUUUCUGAUGGAAAAGAAGCUGUAACCAAAGCAGCUAACUUACUUUUUGUGAAGUAUUUGAAGUUGGCCAAAUCAGUUGGAGAUCAUGAAGAGAAAAUCUUUACAGAACCUAACAUGGAUGAGGCACUAAAAGCUAUUUGUUGUAGAGGGCCAGACCCUGAAAGCAUAUUCUACCUGGAAAGGAUACAAAAGGGCUAUGAAGAGUAA